UGAUCUUCGGUCAGCCAAUCAGCGUCUAAUGCCACUCCGGCAACACGCAGAGGUCUCGCACGAUGUUAUUGUAAGCCAUUUCAUUUGAGGAGCUGAACAGACAUCAUCCAGCAGCUUUCCCGGUGGACUGAAUAAAACGCAUCAAUAUGACUCUGCAGGCGGAAUUUGAUCAGGUUGCUGGAGAUGUGAAGAAAGUGAAGACUCGCCCUGAGGACCAGGAGCUGUUGGACCUUUAUGGCCUCUACAAGCAGGCUACCGUUGGGGACAUUAAUACAGACAAGCCUGGAGUGAUGGACCUGAAAGGAAAGGCUAAAUGGGACGCAUGGAAUUCCAGGAAAGGAAUGUCCAAAGAUGAUGCAAUGACAGCUUACAUCACAUUGGGGAAGGAGAUCAUCAACAAAUAUGGAAUGUAAUGUAAAAGAAUUAACAGGGUAGUCUAUGUCAAAUUUAUUUUGAAUAAUGCACCUUUACCUACCGAAAUAACAUCAAGAUUAAUAUAUGUAGAGGAAAUCUAGAUAUUUUUUCACCCAAAAUAUCUAACCUUAAAGACAAGCUGAAUUAAAUUCUUCAUAUCCAUACGAACACGUCUUAUUCCAUACAAUUAGUAAAAUUGUAAUACUUGCGUAUUUUCACACCAAAGCUUUUUCAGUACACUUACAUCAUAUCAUGGAACCCUUAAUUUUCAGCUUGUAUGUAACUUUAUUUUAACAUUCUUCCAUUGUUACAUUUUAAUACUGCAUUGAUUUGGACUGUUUUGUUCAAUUGUUAUGGAUUAAGUUAUUAAAAUGAGUUUAAAUUAAGUCAAAUGUAUCAGCCAGAGACAGAGAGGGGUUGGGGUUGGGAAUGUCCUGAAAAUAAAGUUUUAACUUGCAUUA